CCGGCGGGGGAGACAGAUGGGCCGAGAUGCAGCCGCAGCCCUUGCCCUGAGAGCAGCGGUGGCCGCUCCUCGCCGUCGAGAGACUGAGGGGAUCGCCGCCGCCGCCUACCCGGGGGCGUGAGGCAGCCAGGAGAAGAAAGAGACCUUCACCGGGACGGGAGGCGGCUCAGCCCGCAGCCCGUAGAGCUUGUUCUCCGUGCUCCGUCAGCCUGCGGCAGCGCUGACUGACAUUGCUGCAGACGCGGGAUCGCGCCUGGAUAUGUUUCCUUCUCACCCCGGCUGUUUCUUCGAUAUCGUGAAGCUGCGUGGGAAAUAAACUCGGUUCCCGGCUCAGUCAGGAGCGUGCCGCCGUCCCUCGGCGGGGGGAGAUGUCCCGGGGCGGAGAGGCUGGAGCAGGCGCUUGCCCGGUGCCCGCGGAGCGGUGCCGGCUCCCGAGAGAUGAAGGCAGGCGGCUGUAAUGGAGUAAGAGCGAAGACGGCUCCUCUCAUCUGCCAUUUGCCCUUCCAGACGGGAUUGUAAACCCAGAGAGUUGAGGAAGGCUGCGUGAAAGAAGGAGGAAAUCCCUCUUGUCGGGCUUUUUUUUUUUGUUGUUGUUGUUGGGGUUUUUUUAUAUCCUUUUUUUUUUUUUAAUUUUAAUUUUUUCCUCGUCCUGCCUUCUCCUUGGCGUCCCCAGGUAUGACUGCCUCACUGCAGCACCUUGUGCUGGUGCUCCUGCUCUCCAGUGCCACCCUGCUGCUCAGCACUGCGGCUGCUGCACAGAGUGAGGAGCGCCUGUGUGCAUUUAAGGACCCAUAUCAGCAGGACCAUGGAAUCAGUGAGAGCCGAAUCUCCCAGGAGAAUGGCACAAUUUUGUGCAUGAAAGGUAGUACCUGCUAUGGACUUUGGGAAAAAACAAGAGAAGGAGACAUACAUCUUGUAAAACAAGGUUGCUGGUCUCACAUAGGAGACCCACAAGAGUGUCACUUUGAGGAGUGUAUAGUUACAACCACCCCUUCCUUGAUUCAGAAUGGAACAUACCGCUUCUGUUGCUGUAGUACAGACUUGUGUAAUGUCAACUUCACAGAAAAUUUUCCACCUCCUGACCCUACUGAUACAACACCUUACAAUUCUUCUAAUUCUUUUCAUCGAGAUGAGACUAUAGUUAUUGCCCUUGCAUCUGUGUCUGUACUGGCUGUUUUGAUUGCUGCUCUGUUCUUUGGAUACAGGAUGCUUGCAGGAGACCGUAAGCAAGGUUUGCACAGUAUGAACAUGAUGGAGGCAGCAACAUCAGAGCCCUCAUUGGAUCUGGAUAAUCUGAAGUUGUUGGAGUUGAUUGGCCGGGGACGAUAUGGAGCAGUGUAUAAAGGCUCCCUAGAUGAACGUCCAGUUGCUGUGAAAGUGUUUUCUUUUGCUAAUCGUCAGAACUUUGUCAACGAGAGGAAUAUUUACAGGAUUCCACUGAUGGAACAUGACAACGUUGCCCGCUUCAUUGUAGGGGAUGAGAGAUUCACUGCUGAUGGCCGAAUGGAAUAUUUAUUGGUGAUGGAAUAUUACCCCAAUGGUUCUCUAUGCAAAUAUUUGAGUCUUCAUACAAGUGACUGGGUGAGCUCCUGUCGUUUGGCACACUCUAUAACAAGGGGCUUGGCGUACCUGCACACCGAGCUACCUCGAGGAGACCAUUACAAGCCUGCAAUAUCCCAUCGUGACUUGAACAGCCGCAAUGUACUGGUAAAGAAUGAUGGAACAUGUGUAAUUAGUGAUUUUGGACUCUCCAUGAAGUUAACUGGAAACAGACUGGUCCGCCCAGGUGAGGAAGAUAAUGCAGCCAUUAGUGAGGUUGGUACAAUCCGCUAUAUGGCCCCCGAAGUCCUUGAAGGAGCGGUGAACUUGAGGGACUGUGAAUCUGCUUUGAAACAAGUAGAUAUGUAUGCACUAGGCCUUAUCUACUGGGAGAUAUUUAUGAGGUGUACAGACCUCUUCCCAGGGGAGUCUGUGCCAGAGUACCAGAUGGCUUUCCAGACAGAAGUUGGAAACCAUCCCACUUUUGAAGAUAUGCAAGUCUUGGUGUCUAGAGAGAAGCAAAGACCAAAAUUCCCAGAAGCAUGGAAGGAGAACAGCCUGGCUGUGAGGUCACUUAAAGAAACAAUUGAAGACUGUUGGGAUCAAGAUGCUGAAGCUCGACUAACAGCACAAUGUGCUGAGGAGAGGAUGGCAGAACUCAUGAUGAUUUGGGAGAGAAAUAAAUCAGUUAGUCCAACAGUCAAUCCUAUGUCAACUGCCAUGCAAAAUGAGCGGAAUCUGUCGCAUCAUAGGCGUGUAUCAAAGAUAAGGCCAUAUCCAGAUUACUCUUCCUCUUCCUACAUUGAAGAUUCCAUCCACCACACUGACAGCAUAGUGAAGAACAUUUCUUCUGAACAUUCAAUGUCCACUACACCAUUAACUUCAGGGGAAAAGAAUAGAAACUCCAUUAACUAUGAGCGGCAGCAAGCACAAGCUCGCAUCCCUAGUCCUGAGACAAGUGUCACCAGUUUGUCCACCAAUACCACUACCACCAAUACAACUGGGCUCACUCCUAGCACUGGCAUGACCACCAUUUCCGAAAUGCCUUAUUCGGAUGAAACAAACUUACAUACUGCAAAUGUCAUGCAGUCAGGUGGGCCCACCCCUGUUUGUCUGCAGCUAACAGAGGAGGACCUAGAGACAAAUAAACUGGAUCCUAAAGAAGUGGAUAAGAACCUGAAAGAAAGCUCUGAUGAGAACCUGAUGGAACAUUCACUUAAGCAGUUUAGUGGGCCAGAUCCACUCAGCAGCACUAGUUCCAGCUUGCUUUAUCCACUGAUAAAACUUGCAGUAGAGGUGACAGGACAACAGGACUUUACACAGGCUGGCAAUGGUCAAGCAUGUUUGAUUCCAGAUGUCCCAUCUUCUCAGGUCUAUCCUCUACCUAAGCAACAGAACCUUCCGAAGAGGCCUACUAGCCUCCCCCUGAACACCAAAAAUUCAACAAAAGAGCCACGGUUAAAAUUUGGUGGCAAGCACAAAUCAAACUUGAAGCAAGUGGAAACAGGCGUUGCCAAGAUGAACACUAUCAAUGCUGCAGAACCUCAUGUCGUGACAGUUACUAUGAACGGAGUGGCUGGGAGAGGCCACAGCAUCAACUCCCAUGCUGGCACAACGCAGUAUGCCAAUGGCACAGUGCCAUCUGGCCAGACAGCCAGCUCGGUAGCACAGAGGGCCCAGGAGAUGCUUCAGAACCAGUUCAGUGGAGAGGAUAGUCGUCUGAAUAUUAAUUCAAGCCCUGACGAGCAUGAGCCCUUGUUGAGGCGGGAGCAGCAGGUUGGCCAUGAUGAAGGUGUUCUGGACCGCCUAGUAGACAGGAGAGAGCGACCACUGGAUAAUGGCCGAACAAAUGCCAAUAACAACAACAGUAAUCCCUGUUCAGUGCAAGACACAGCUACAGUCAGUAUGCAGAAUGUAGUGAGAAAUCCUGGGCAGACCCAGACUAGAAGAGCACAGAGGCCUAAUUCACUGGAUCUAUCGGCCACAAAUAGUUUGGAUAGCAGUAGUUUGCAGUUAGGUGACUCCUCACAGGAUGGCAAAUCGGGCUCAGGAGAAAAGAUCAAGAAACGUGUGAAAACUCCCUACUCACUGAAGCGGUGGCGUCCUUCAACCUGGGUCAUCUCCACCGAGCCGCUGCACUGCGAGGUCAACAACAACGGCGCUGACCGGGCAGCCCACUCCAAAUCCAGCACUGCUGUUUACCUUGCAGAAGGAGGCACUGCCACCACAAUGGUAUCUAAGGACACAGGAGUGAACUGCCUGUGAAAUGCUUCAAAAGCCGACAAAUUACCUUCUUUUUUUUUUCUUUUUUUUUUUCUUUUAUUUUGCAUUAUUUGAAAAGAACACGCAGAAGACAUUUAAAAAAACUGCUUUCUCUUCUGUCAGCAACCCCUACCAAGGACUCGCUUUAAAUAGAUUUCAGCUAUGCAGAAAUUUUUUAGCUUAUGCUUCCAUAUUUUUUUAAUUUGUUUUAUUUUUUGAAUGUUUUUGCACUUUUAUUUAGUAUCGCUAAAGUUAAGUCUGUCUGUUUUGACCACAGAAUAUAUAUAUGUGUAUCAAAAAAUGUGGUCUCAAAAUAUUUUUUUAAAAAAAGUAACAAAAAAAUUGUAUUGCUGAUAAUCAGUUUGGACCAGUUUCUUAAGGUCACUAAGAUCGUAAGCAGACUAUAAGACAGGUUUGACUGCAGUGGUGUCUUGUAACCAUGUUUUGAUUUCUGUGCACAAGCUAGUCUGUAUAUUUCUAUGUUACAAAGUGUAUUCUCUUUUGAACCCCUUAUUUUUCUUGUGUCAUGUUGAAAUGUGCAAUAGUCUAUAGUUCACAGUAUGCUUUAUUGAAAAGUGUGUUUCUAAAACUGCCACAUGUUCCCCUUUAUGCAUUUGUUAAUUUUUCCCUGACAGUUGAGCCAUCAGCCAGUCAUGGCAGUGAACUUUGCACACCUGCCUAUCUCACACUGUGCUUUGAGUUGACAGUGCAUGAAUUUUUGCCCAACUUGAAAGGGCUUUUAAAAAGGAACAAAAAAAAAAAAAAUAGUCUGAGCUCAGUACCUUUCCUUUGACCCUUCCAAAUCAAAAUGUGUUUCCUUAAUAGUAGUAGAUGUCAGCCUGUGAAGUUCUGAAUAACAAAGUGUUGAACAAAUGUAAGGAAACAAUGUCAGCCAUUUUUUUCCAUUUUCUUUUGUAUGCAGUUUCACCCCUGUAUUUAUGUAAAACCUUACUUAGAACACUAAUGAUGUAUAUUGAACAUUACAUUUUAUUCAGAAAUCUUAAUAACUGAAGAAGUCUAGUAAAGUCUAGUGAGGAUGGGUUGUGAGCACACAGAGGAAAAAUCGUACAUCUUAUUUGGCACAAAAUGGUUUUGUGAUGAGUUGCAAAUCUUUCCUGUUACACCUGCUCACAGACAAUCUGGGGUAAAAUCAGCCUGGUUGCUUUUGCAGGUAGGUGCAUCCUAAUUGACUGUUGUUGCUGAGUUGAGUUGAAACUGUUCCUCCCUUCAGUGUUUUUAGAGCCCUUCGUUCAUCUUUUAAAAAUUUAUUGCAUGCUUUUAAAAUUCAUGGUUGAGUGUGUGCAGGGAAGGGUUGGGGUUUUUCCCCCACUGCUUAGACCCUUCUUUCAGUUUGUAUGCACAUUGAUUUUAGGUGUCACUGAACAUUAAUAUAAUAACAAUUGAGAUAAAUUGUUUUUUCACCAUCUCAAGUAAACCUUACCUUUUUUUAGAAUGAUUGUCUACUGAAAGAACAUUAAUUUCCUUAUUGGUCAGGACCUCCUUCCACCUAAGAAGUAUCCUUCCAUACAAGAAAUAUUAUUUCUGAUUGAAACCAUUUCAGUAAAAACUAUUUAGAUAAAAAAGUUACAACAUGUCAGUCUUUGGUGCUAAGUAAAGUUUUAUCACUAGUGAUGUUCAAAGAAAGAAAAUCUAUUCAGUGUGCCUGCCAAACUCCUGUGGCAGGAUACUGGCAGCAGUUACCUCCCCAGGCUGGUCUCCUUUGAGCUGACUGAAGCAGAUGCUCUGCUUUCAAGCUCAUUUGUUUCCUUGCUGUUAUAUUAUUCCCCCCCCCCCCAAAGUAAACUUUGCCAGCUCUGUUCUUCUGUAUCUGAUGAUACAACUAACAUAAUAUAUGCCUGGCUACAUCUGAUUCUUGCUGUUUCCCGACCUCCCCUGUUCAAGAUUGAUAGUAUUUUCUCUUGUAAUGCUUCUUAAUGUUUCUUAGAUUCUUGUAGAUACCUCCAAGAGAUAACUCUAUAAAUCCAGACUUUGAAUAAGUGUAGUUGUAGAAAUUCAAGCCAUGAAACACAUUUUGGGCUUCCUGUGUUCUUUAAGAACCAGUUCAAGUAGUACCUUUCAUCUCUGAGGCUUAAUUCUAUUACCCUGCUGCAGUUUUCUCUGGUGUUACUUGUAAUUCACUCUCCAGCUUCCCAUCUGCUGCAAUCUCGCAUCCCAGAUGUUGAAAACCUGCCAGUUGCUCAGCUGGGUUUCAAGACCUGAAUCAGAAUUUUUGGCAUUCUGUUGAUAAUGUUGGCUGUGGUUUUUUUCUCUCUUGGUCUUCUUUGAGUUUCCAUUUGAAGUACAGGAUAUUGUGCUGUAACGAUUGCUGUAUCGUGGACAUUGAAGAGUCAUCAUUCUUUUCCCAGUGACUUUUUGAGUUGCUUUGCAUGCAUCAUCCAUCAGCAUUUCAGAAUGUGGGCUGAAAAGCAUACUUAGGCCACUCUUACCUAUUGUGAAACACCCUGGGGAGAGAAGAGUUAUUUGCUCUGACUACUGCUUCUAUCUGCUAAGAUAGGCUUUCACCAGUCAUAAAGCCUUUCUUUUCGGGCCAGGCUUUGUGAGAAAUCCAACUUUUUAAUGCUCAAUGCAAUCAAAAUCAUUUUAAUACCAGAUGAAAAUGUUAUUCCGCAGUUUUCCUUUGACAUUCUUUAAGCAAACAGUUUAUUUUCCUUUAUCUAUUUCUGUCGCUUCUUGGGAAGCCUUUGGGAUGAAUUAUAAUGAGUAGAAAGUAUUGGCUUUGUAAUCUACCAGGGACAAAUAUAGUUUGUAACAUGAUAGAAAUGUGUACUUUACCACAAAAUAACCUAUAGAUUAAAUAGAGGAAAAACAAUUUAUUUUGAAAGGUCAGCCAAAACAAACUCUUGAGUAGGUACCAAAAUACUGUCAUUCUGCACAGCUAGGUGAGAUCAGAUUUGCAGUUUGGUUUCAGUGCUUAAUUUAAUAAUGCCCUUUUUUUGCUCAGAGCACAUAAUCCAAUCUCCACACAAUAUUUUCUCUGUAAAUUAAAUUAUAUUGGAUUGUAUCACAUACCAUGGGGAAUCGUCCCUAACCAGAUGAAAUACAUGUAUGAGAGAAUUCUACAGAUUAGACACAUGGAUAGUUGAUAAAUGUACUAUAAUCAGUGUUUUCUUUUGUGGUUUGGUUUUGGGUUGUUUUGGUUUUUUUUAAGAAAAAUGGAUAAUUAUGAAAGUUGAUAAUUUUCUAUCAAUUUCUCAUGUAUAUUACAGACAAGAUAAAUAUAGCAAAAUUAAAAUAGAAUUAUAGUGUAAAUACCUAUGAAUUGUGCCACUGUCAAAUAGGCAACAGUAGAUUAUUUGCUAUGGUAAUUUAUAAUGUAUAAUUCAAGAAAAUGUUAGAGCAAACAUUUGUGAUGUUUGUAUAUAUAAGCCAAAAUCCGGAAUCUUACUGGUUUUAGGAAAUGAUGUGCUAGUAGAAGCCAGAAGAAUUGCUUAGGUUAAUGGAUUGUUGCUUUUUCCGUUUCCUAUGGUAGAGACACUCACCAACAUUACAUGGUUUUUAGAAUGUGAAUUCUAACCUUUUGAAGAGACGUGCCUCAUAAUCACAUUUAUUUUCUUCUCAAAUUUAUAUUUACAGGUCAGAUUAUCUGCAACACUUCCCCCCAAUUUGCUUAUAAGGCUCUGUAGUUUCAUGUGCUAAACAAAUAGUAUUAAAAAUGCCUCUUGAAACUCCAAGAUGCACUGAAAUUGCACAGCUUAAGGUAAAGGAAUUCCUAAUUUAAAAGAAAACCAUCUGAUACUCUCAUCAUUAGAAUAUUCUCAGAAACAAAGAACAUUUCUGUUUGUGUUUGUUUUCUUACUGCUGUUCAUUUGUUUCUUGUUUUCAUAUAGAGAGAGACCUAAUUUUCAAAGACAACAGAGUUUCAUUUAUUUCAGUGCACUGGAGACAAAAACAAUGCAAGAUGGAUGCUGACAGGUUUCAGGAAAUAAAAAGAACAUGCACCCACAUUAUAAAUACGUUUAGAAAGUACACAUCUUCCCACCUCUCAGCUUUCUCCAAAAUAAAUCUUUAAUCAUACCUGCUUCAGAAAUGAGAAUAAGGAAGUUAUGUAUUUAUAUAGAAUAGGUUAUUGGGCCAAAUUUAAUAAUAAUUAAUUGUUACCUAAAAAAAAAUAUAUAAAAGCAUCGUAUAUGCCAUAGCUUCAGUGUUCAGUGCAUUUUGCUUUAAUGAUAUUACUUCUUUAAAUAUUAAAAAAUAGCCCACUAACAACAUUACUAAGUAUAUGUUCAGGUUAUAAUUUUCUUUUAGGAAAAAUACUCAGAAGAUUGUAGCCAUUCUGCCACUGAAUUGUUAUUAAAGAAAGUUUCAGCCUAGUUAGGGAAAAUUUUAAAAUUUGCAUAUGCAAACAAUACAGGAGAAAUUAAUUAUGUUGUAAUUCUCACUUGUAUAAAAACCAUGGUAUUUCCUGUUGCUGUAACAGGCUGGUUUUAAGUAGUAAAAAUAAUACAGUAGCAUAUACAUGUCCUGAUGUCUCAUUGGAAAAUUUGGAGCAACUUAUCAAAGACAAUUGAAAUAGAAUUGAUUAGUCUAUGGAAGUUGGAUUAUAGACUGGAUAACUUAGUAUUUUGCAUAAAAAUGGAUUAUUUGCAUUUUUCUGUCUGGUCUCCCACUGUCCCUUUUAACAGGUAAAUAUAUUAGCCUCCUUUUAAAAAUAUGCGCUUUUUUUGUUCAACUUAAAGCCUUUUUUCAGUGAAAAAGGUAUACAUAUUUUAGUGAAGCUAAAUAUAUAUUUUUAUGUAAACUGUGUAUGUAUUUAGAUGCGUAUGUAUGUUGUACAUAAAUUCCAGGACUAAAUUCUUUGAGUUACAGCAUCAGAUGGUAGCACUGAUAGCAAGUAUGAUGUUCUGUUUCCUAAGUAAUUUUUAAGUUGUCUUUAGUUCAUUACAGUAAAACCAGGAUCAGGCUGUGACAUACAGUCCAGUAGUGCAAGACUUGUCACUGUUUAGGUGGAAUGGAUUUAUGAAAGGAGAGAUGGAGAGAGAGAGAGAGAAAGCUGGGAUUGCACAUGAAUAACUUCAUCUGAAGCUGAGUAAUUUAAGGUACCUCUCUUAAAGAUCAAAAAAUAACUCAAAAUACCACAUGAUCAUUUUUACAAGACAUUUUAAGGUAGUAGCUAUAGUUCCAUGUGUGGUUGCCAUUUAAACAUAGUAUUUUAGUCCAUUAAAUCAAAUUACAUUUUAGGCUUCUAUAUUGUCAUACAAAACUGUAGCUGUAGAAAUACAUCUCUUUUUUUAUCUCACACUCCCCUCCAAGUAGGUUCAUUUCUGAUGUGAAAUAGUAAUAAAUCAGAUUUUGAGGUUUCUUCUGGACUGGCUAAAAUUGGUAACAGAACUUCCACUUCUGCAGCCAACAGAUGUAGGCACUGCUGCAAAUCCAGGUGGGAGUUAGGUUUGGCAUGAGUGUGUCUGUGGAAAUCAACCUCUAACCUGCCAGCGCUCAAGCCAAAUGAUGUUGAAAUCAGGAGUCUGCCAGUGAUUAUGAGCAAAGGAGGGUUGGGUUCUGCUGGCAUCGUUUUUAAACAUUUCUUGGGAGGAACAGCCCUGGGAAAGCUAAGGUGGAACAUGUGGGUGAACCCUGGCUACGGGUGCUGGUGUUCAGGCGGUCAGACUGGGUCAGGACCGGUGCAGCAGGGGAUAUUGCUGGGAAGUGGAACUGCACCGUUGGGAGUGGGAGGUUUCAAAAUAAGCCUCAUUUACACCAAAGCCCUUAAUGUUGAUCUGGGCUGCAUGCAGGUCCUAUUUAGUGGCUGCUGUGGUUCAUUACCCGUAUGAAUUCUUACAGCCUUUUCUAUUUAUUUCACUGUGGUUUAAUAUACGUAUGUGCAUAAUAAGCAGGACCUAGUCAGAGUUACAUUGAUUUAUAAUGUAGUUGCUAGCCUGUUGAUCAGCAAUUCUGUAAACUUGCAAGUCGUUCAGUUGGUUAACUUAAAUGCUUAUGUCAUGCUUCAACAGAUGCAGUAACUGUCACAGUAAGGAAGGAUUUCUUCAAAGUUCUUGCAGGCUUCUGCAAAUGUAUUAAAGGAGGAUAUAUCCAUCAGGGGCAUAGCAUCUUGACUGGUAACUAUUUUAAAGCAGAAAUAAUUAGCCUUUAUAACUUUCUAGUUUCAAGGUCUCCCAAAAGUCAAUUUUUAUAGCCCACUCACUUGUUUUUAAGACAAAACAAAAAUGUGUGAAAUUUAUUUCUACAGCACUUGAUUCACUUUUUUUGUGCUUCAAAACUGUAUAAUAAAGAAUCACAGUUCAAUCUUGUUUAUUCCAAAGGAAAUAAAAUAGUUAAUGUUCCUGUAGUUUAUAAAAAGGCACAACAACAAAGAAACAGGCAAGUCCAAGUUAUAGCUGACUGUCAUUUGUCACUUGAAUUUCCUGAUUUGUGACUCUCUUCUCUCUUUCACACUGUUGAAAUGUAUUUAAACAGGUUUGUAUGUAAUGUUUCUUGUCUGCUUUUUGUCUCUAGAGGAGAGUGUGCUCUAUUCACAUUUAUAUAAGCUGGAACCAUAUCUUACAAUCACUGUUGGUUAUUUUCCCCCCAAAUGCAGUAUAAGAGGAAAACAAACAUGGCAAAGACUGAUUUCUAGGGUUUGGUCUUUAGAAACUGAAAUAAGGAGAUAUGAAACUGUUUUCCUUAUGAAAAACUGUAAAGAGCAUUACAUUCUGAGCAAGCUUUUCUGCAGAAGAGGGGAGAAACCCUAGAAUAUGGAGUCUCAUUAGAACCCUUUUCUUAACGGGUAUUUUUGGUUUUUCUCUCAAAUAACUGAAGAAAUGUCAUGUAUGAAUUUAUAAAUAAUUGCUUUCAGUUACUUCUUUUGUAUAAGCUGCCCAAUACCCUUGCUAUACUGUAUAAGUUGUGUUUUAUGGAACAGUGUGAAUAUGAAAUAAAAAGCUAAUUUUUUUUUGUUUUUUAAUCAUCUGUGGAUGCCAUUAUGAAAGCUGACAUUGUUAAAGCCACUACAGAGUUUUCUAUGAAUACUUGUAAGAAUUGCUUUGUUAUAUAUAAACCUAAAUAAAGAGAUUGUAUUGAUACAGAGACAUUGGAUAAGAACAUUUAAAAGGCUAUUCUUUAGGUCUAAAGGAAAAGGCUUGCUGUAAAAUGGUGCAUUAUUCCAUUUAUUAAAGAUCAUAUUAAUGACAUAAA